GGGAGGACGACGUAGAGUCUCAACGUCUUCCCGAAGAGCCUGAGCGGACCCGAGAGCCCUUCCCAGCUGGCUGCAGCUGAUGCAGCAGGGGAAUCUUCUGGACAUGACGAUGUUGAAGCUGUUUGGAAUCAUCUUUUUCUGUAGCCUCCUCUCGCCCUCUCAAGAAGUCUUGUCCGGUCUGUCCUGCGCCGUCAGCCCAGGGGCAAUGCAGAACGUUCUCUCGGAUGCCAUAAUUCAGAACGGGCUUCUCCAGCAGCACCUGCAGGGUCUCGUGCUCCCAAACAUCGUGGGUGAUGGGGGUCUGCUGAACUCUCCCACCAGCAUCACUGGACUGCACCUUGUCAAGAUUCAGCUCCCCAAGCUGUCGGUGGUGCUGCUGCCGGGAAUCGGGGUCCAGCUGACCAUCGCCGCAAAGCUGGAGCUCAGCGGCAACUGCUUGGUUGGCCUCCUUUCAGAUCUAAUUGAUAUCUUAGUGGACGUGAACAUUACUGCAAACGUUAAAUGCACGAAUUUUGAAUCGGGCACAGUCCAGGUUGUCAUUGAAGACUGCCUCUGCAUUCUUGGUGCCAUAAAGAUCAAGAUCCUUUCUGGUUUACUGUCCCUAUCAGUAAAUGAGAUAGUGCUUAACCAGCUGAAAGCAACUCUGCCCGGUUUGCUGUGUCCGGUAGUUGAUAUUGUCAUCAACCUUGUGAACAUCCAGCUCAUGGGCACUCUCAACGCGGUGAUCCCAGUCGGUACGGCAGGGACGAUUCACUACCAGCUGGCCAGCCUCCCGUUUACCUCUGGCUUGUUCCUUGGGUUGGAUUUAGACGGUGCCGUGAAGCAGGUGGGAGGCAGCAUCAUCCCCCAUGACUCGUCUGCCUCUGCUUUGCCUCCGCUGCUGGACAAGCUUCUGGUCUUGGGACUGCGCCAGAGCUUUCUCAAUGCGGUCCUGUCCCUCCUGAUCCAGAUACCUCCACAGACCUUCACCUGCACGCCAGAAGUCUUCUCCGGUGCCAGCCGUCUGCAAGAAGCCAUCGCAACCCUCGUUCCUGCUGGGUGCUCCGCCUGCCGUGGGACCAGUCCUCUGAGCGUUAAGCUAACGUUGUCUGGGAACCCGCUUAUCCUCUUGGAAGAAAACAAAGCCACUGUCGAGCUUUCGGUCAUGAUUCAGGUGUUCGUUCAGCAUUUAGAUGGACCCAUCCUCAACCUCCUCCUGCUGAAGGCCGACCUCGGUCUAAACGCCCAGGUGUCUAUCGGUGGAAGCAGGCUGGUGCUGGGGUUGUCCCUGGGCAGCAUUUCCCUCUCCUUGGAGUCUUCCGAUGUUGGCAUCAGUAGCGUCUCCGACUUGAAGCCACACUGCAGCAGUCUGCUGGCGGAAACCUUUCUGCCCCUUGUCAAUGGUGCUCUGGGCAUCGGGAUCCCUCUGCCAAACGUGCUGGGCAUUCCCUUAAUAAAGGUGGAUGUUCAGAUAUUCGCGGGCCUGCUGGUGAUUCUUGUGUGAGCUGGGGAGCGCAAGGCAUGGAGAGGUCUCUCUGGGCAGAGAAAGCGCAAGAAAGACCAGCGAAGAUGGAGCACCGAGACCAGAAUUAUCUACUUUUCUUUUCUAAACUUGAUUCAAGAUUCUUGAUAACGUUUAAGACACUUUCAAGUUAAUUGGCUCCUGUGAGUACUAAGGUACUUGCAUAAGCCAAAAACUGAUAGGCAGCUCUGUGUACACAUAUUUAUUUAGAGAAAUUAGCGUGAUUUUGGGGUCACGGUUACGGCAGUUGCAUGUGAUGCUGCACUGGAAUUGCUAAAUUUCUUCUAAGAGAAAAUUGUUCUUGAUAUAAUGGAAAAGUGAACUUGUCGUGUGUGGCUUUCUAAGUAAAUGUCACCAUCCACGUUCAGAAGGGUAUGGAGUGCUGAGCAGGACCUCAGGAUACGUUUGUCACUUAACUCUUUUAAUAAACAUUCCUUUAGUGCUUGGAGCAGGGCUCUGGUUUCUG